CGGAGCCGCGGCACACGGAGGACGCGCUCACGGGAACUUGUGCGCCGGUCGGAGCCAAGUUUCUGUUUGCAACAACCGCAAAAAAAGCUGCAGAAGUGGAUCUUAUACCUGCAGUGACGGCGGUGUAAGCAGAGAUCUGCAAAGUGAAAGAAAUGAUCUAUCUCUCGAGUGGACGGUUGUAGUUUUAGAGAGCUGCUGCUGCUGGCAGAGAGGAGGCAGCUUGUUUUCCAUUUGGACCGCUGUCCUCAGCCAGCUGCUCUUUCAAUGUGGGAUACAGUUUUGGUGCUUUCGCCAGGCUGAAAUCUUCCCGGGUCAGGACCUCCCUCAUGGCUGCCAUGCUCCUCGGGCUGCUGCUUUUUGCAAUGCAGUCCCCCCCUGUGCCCUCCAGGUCACUGGCAGACGGGGGGUCGUCUCUGCUGCCCACCAGCUCACCGGCUGACAACGGGACCACCGGCCACCCCAACGGGACCCACCAGCAACUCCCUCAGAUCAUAAUCAUCGGCGUGAGGAAGGGGGGCACGCGGGCGUUGAUCGAGAUGCUCAGUCUGCACAGCGCGGUGGUGGCAGCUCAGAACGAGGUGCACUUCUUUGACUGGGAGAGCCACUUCCAGAAGGGCUUAUCUUGGUAUCUCAGCCAGAUGCCUUACUCUUUCCCUGACCAACUGACGGUAGAGAAGACGCCCGCCUAUUUCACCUCCAGCAAGGUCCCUAAACGCAUCCAUCAGAUAAACCCCAACAUCAAGCUGCUGCUCAUCCUCAGAGACCCCACCGAGCGGGUGCUCUCCGACUACACCCAGGUCUUCUACAACCGACUCCAGAAGCACAAGCGCUACCAACCCAUCGAGUCUGUCCUGGUGAAGGACGGUGACAUCAACCUGGGAUACAAGGCUCUCAACCGCAGCCUGUACUACAUCCACAUGCAGAACUGGCUGCAGUACUUCCCCCUGGACAGCAUUCACGUUGUCGAUGGGGACGAGCUAAUCAGGGACCCCUUCCCCGAGAUGAAAAAAGUGGAAUGGUUCUUAAAGCUGGAGCCCCAGCUAAGCACUUCAAAUUUUUACUUCAAUAAAACUAAAGGAUUCUACUGUUUGAGAGAUCACGGGCGAGAAAGGUGUUUACACGAUUCAAAAGGGAGAGCUCACCCUCACGUGGCUCCUGCUAUACUGCAAAAACUCUACCAGUUCUUUCACGAACCCAACAAGAAGUUCUUUGAGCUGGUGGGACGAACAUUCAACUGGAAAUGAACCUCUGAGUCCCGGUGUAGUCGUUCGGGGGAUCUCACCAUGAAUAGUCCUGGUUUCCUCACUAACGAUGUAGAUGAAGAAACAAAGCUAAUGUAAUAUUUAACUAAAUCUAUUUUUGUACCUGUAUCUUAGUUUCAGGAGUGUCAUUGAGCCAAAUAUCAGGGCAGACUGCAAGUUUUCUUUCCCAAACUCACAUUUGACUAACAUUCUGUGCUGUUAAAGGUGCCCCAUUACUCAACUUGUCUUAUCAUAGCAGACGUCAUUUGCAUUUUUGACAGAGCAAGUAAAUGUUACAUCAAUAUUAGCACAGAGCUCUUUUUUUUACUGCGUAUAAUGUAACAUUAGCAUCUAACUGCAUUUUGCAAUUUGAAGGAAUUUACCUGCUGCUAUUUUCUUUUGUAAGUCACUUUCAGGCAAAUGCCAUACUGAACAUGCAUUUCUUCUUUUUGUUACUCAGAUUUGACUUCAUGUAAGAGUCCGUUAUACAAAUACUGUGUGCACAUCAGAUAUAGCUGAUUAUGACUGUGUACUGUACAUAUUUUUUAAAAUGAAGAAUUAAUACCAUAAUAAAGAUUAUUUUAUUUUUA